UGUCAUUAUGCCGAUCGCUUCACGCGUUUGUGAUGAGCCAAGAACCAAGGUCACGACCACAAAAAAGACCUAUUUGAGGCACCUAUAUGAGGUCAACUGAUGAAUCCAUUCUAUCAAUUAAACCGAAGAAUUAUGACAAACACGUUUGCUCGUUUAGAAGUCAUUAUUGAAGUAAGAUUUGGCUAUAUAAACUAACUGAUACAUUGGUCAGCAUCAACAGUCGUCCGACUAGCAGCCAAGUGACAAUAUCUCCCAGUCUAGUAGCAAAUCUAUAUCAAAAUACCAAAAACCAAAAUGUUCCGCAUUAUCGCUGUGAUCUUCGCCCUGGUUGCCGUGGCUUUUGCUGCUCCUGGCUACAUCGAGCCCUCUUACGGAGUGCUGCCUGUGGCCAGCGUGGUGCCCGUGGUGAAGUCUGUUCCGGUGGUGAAACACGUUCCGGUGGUGCAGCACGUCCCAGUGGUGAAGCAUGUCCCAGUGGUGCAGCAUGUGCCCGUGCUGAAGUCCUACGCUGUUCCCGCCUACGGACACCACAUCUACCACGGUUAA